UAUGGUAUAUUUUGAAAUUUCAAGUACGGUCACGCUGCCGAAAUCGCCGGCUGCUGCAAUUUCGUGAAACUUUUAGAAAUUUUAAUCAUUUAUCAUGGAUUUGCCAUUAAACGAUGGAAAUAGGCAACAACCUCCACCCAAUCAGCAUCCACUGGCAGACUACAACUUCAGUCCCGAUGAAUUGAAAGCGUUACGUGAAUGCAACCAGGAAUCAUUUGUCCAGCGAUCGCUACCCUUCGGCACGGGAUUGGGACUGCUGGCCUAUUUUGGCGUUAAGAAUGGUUACAUUCAGGGCAAUGGCAAAUACGGAGCUGUGCCGAAAGUGGUUCUGGGUGUCAUUCUCGGCUACUUUGUGGGAAAGUUCAGUUAUCAGCAGAAAUGUGCUGAGAAGAUAAUGCGAUUGCCCAAUUCACGAUUGGGUGAAAUAUUGCGACAACGCAGACAAGGCGGUGGUGUCAUCAGCACCAUUACACCAGAUGAGAAUCUGGGCAGGGCAUUCACUCUGGCUCCCUUCACCCCCAGCUCCGCUGAUGUCUACACUGAUGAGGGAUUCCAGCCGUCUCGAAAUACAGCUUUGAAUUUGGACACGGACUCGCGACCAUCGCUGUCCGGUCUAGACGACAUCUAUAGACCCACUCUGGACUCUGCCAGCACUUUGGUGGACACGGAGUUGCCAUUGGAACCGGCCAAGCCAGGUGAAUCCUACGAGGAUCUGCGCAAAAAGAAUCGCGACGAGUACUUAAAGCGUCAGCAGAGUCCCUACUCCCGGUCAUAUGAAGCACCAGCCCAGCAGCCGCAGCGUGCAAUUGUCGAGUUGCCUCCUCAGGAUCAAAAUGUUCCAAUUGCAACUGGCAAGAAGAAUAAAUACGGUGAUUCCUGGACAGAUUAAAGAGCCAAAAAUCAUUCAAGUGCAGUUUGUUAAUAUUUAUUCGCUUGUUGAAUACAAAACGUAUGUAGUAAAAAAUUUUUCAAGGAUUAGUCGUGUGUUAUGUGUAUCAAUUAAAAUGUCUAGCUUUUGUGAUGUUCCAUCGUGAUGUAAGCUUAGGAUAUGAUCCUGUAAAAUCCACUCUACAAUUUGCCCACUUCGUGCAAAUAGGCGCCCAGCAGUUUAGUCUAAAAAAGGAAUUUUUUAGGCAUCAGUAUAGCAAAAAAUUUGUAGAAUUCGUGCAUCUUACUCCUUCAAUGUAGUUGUAGAUAUCGAUCUUCUCGUUUUGCGAGUGAGCGCCAUCAUCGCAUGCACCGACGGGCACCAGAAUGACGUUCUUGCCUGUGGCCUCUUGCAGGGUCAGAGUCACUGGAAUGGAGCCGCCCUCGCGGGUCAUGUCAGGUUCGACAUUGAAGACAUGUUUUACCGCACGCUUGGCGGCCUCGUAGUGUGGAUGGUUGGGAUCCUCAGUCCAGGGUUUGCCAGCGGACAACAUGACAACCUACAGUUAAAUAUAGUCAGUAAAACAAUACUUGGGAAUAAUUAUAAAAGGAUUCAAGACCUUAAUCUGGUUCGGAGAGCCACGCUCGGCCCACUUGUCGUUGAUGUACUUGACAACGCAUUCCUCAAUGUGCUUGGGAUCCUGGUUGGGCACCAAGCGAAUCGAGAACUUGCCAAUGACCUUCUUGGGUAUGACAGUCUUAGCUCCAGGCUCGUAGAAAGCACCUUCGAUGCCGUGAAUCGAGAGACUGGGAUAACGCCAUCUGGCCUGCAGCAGGCGGGUCUUGUCGCUGUUGUGGGGCAGGUGUUCGGUGCCAACGUCUUUCCUAAAAGAGAACGAGCGCAAGCAUGAGAUUAGUAAAGAGCAAAUAAUUUAUAAUGCCACUCUAUGAUUAGAUUAAGCAACUAACUUGUAUUCGUCCACUUCAAAGUCGAUGUUUUUGUAGAUUUCUUCCUCGUUCUUCAAUUGGGGAGCAACCUGAAGAAAAAUUAAAUCAUGAGACCUUAGCAACAUGCAAUACAAAGCAUGACUAAGUUGCACUUACAUCACGAUUGACACCAGGAAUGAGAAUGUUGGUGUCCUUAUCAACCAGAGUGCUCAAAAUGUAGCAGAGAUCAGGCAUUGCCUCGUGCACGGUGCCGCCAAAGACGCCGCUGUGCAGAUCCUUCUUGGCGCACUCGAUCUCCACCUGGAAGUAGGCAAGACCACGCAGUCCAUAUGUGAGGCAGGGACGCUUCUUGCCCAGCCAAUAGUUGUCGGAGAUGCACACAAAGUCCACAUCGGACAGGAAGUCAUCCUUGCGUGCCAUCAACAACUCAUCCAAUCCCUCGCUGCCGCUCUCCU